GGAGGACGUGUGCUCUGAUUGGUGGAAAGUUUGGCGGACUUUGUCCCCGCUGAGCAGGAAAGCGUUUUUUGUUGGAACACUGGAGAGUCCAGAUUCAGCGCGUGACAGCGGCAGGAGAGUCCACCUCACAGAGCAGCAGCGACCAUGUCUCUCACUAACGGCCACCAUGUCAGCAAGGAAACCUGGGAGUCACACAACGCCAUGAUGCUGGAGCCUCUGUCCACCAAUGACUCUGAGGUGUUCAGCAUCAUAAAGAAGGAGAAGCACAGGCAGACGUACGGUCUGGAGCUGAUAGCGUCGGAGAACUUUGCGAGCAGAGCCGUUCUGGAGGCUCUGGGUUCCUGCAUGAACAACAAGUACUCGGAGGGAUACCCGGGUCAGAGGUAUUACGGCGGCACGGAGCAUGUUGAUGAGCUGGAGAGACUCUGCCAGAAGAGGGCGCUGGAGGUUUACGGUCUGGAGUCUGAGAAGUGGGGCGUCAACGUUCAGCCGUACUCAGGCUCACCUGCUAACUUCGCCGUAUACACCGCCAUCGUGGAGCCUCACGGAAGGAUCAUGGGCCUGGACCUACCUGACGGAGGUCACCUGACGCAUGGCUUCAUGACGGAGAAGAAGAAGAUCUCAGCCACGUCCAUCUUCUUUGAGUCCAUGCCGUAUAAGGUGAACGCAGACACCGGAUACAUCGACUACGACAGACUGCAAGAAAACGCUCGACUGUUUCACCCAAAGAUCAUCAUCGCAGGGACGAGCUGCUACUCCAGAAACCUGGACUACGGCCGCAUGAAGCAGAUAGCCAAUGAGAACGGGGCGUACCUGAUGGGGGACAUGGCUCACAUCAGCGGGUUGGUGGCGGCUGGAGUCGUGCCCUCGCCAUUUGAUCACUGUGACAUUGUUUCCACGACGACACACAAGACGCUGCGAGGCUGCCGCGCCGGACUCAUCUUCUUCAGGAGAGGUGUGCGCAGCGUGGACGCUAAGGGGAAGGAGACUCUGUACAACCUGGAGUCUCUGAUCAAUCAGGCCGUGUUUCCAGGGUUACAGGGAGGACCUCACAACCACGCCAUCGCAGGUGUGGCUGUAGCUCUGAAACAGGCGAUGACAGCAGAGUUUAAAGUCUAUCAGACUCAGGUCCUGGCUAACUGCAAAGCUCUGUCCAGCGCUCUCAUCGACCAUGACUACAAGAUCGUCACAGGCGGCUCUGACAACCACCUGAUCCUGCUCGACCUGCGCAGCAAAGGAACAGACGGAGGACGAGCUGAGAAGGUUCUGGAGGCCUGUGCCAUCGCCUGCAACAAGAACACCUGUCCAGGGGAUAAGAGCGCUCUGCGUCCCAGCGGUCUGAGGUUCGGCUCCCCUGCUCUGACCUCCAGGGGUCUGGUGGAGGAGGACUUUAAGAAGGUGGCGGACUUCAUCCACAGAGGUAUCGUGCUGACCCUGGAGGUGCAGAGAAGUCUGGAUCCAAAGGCCCCUCUGAAGGAGUUCAUCCAGGCUCUGGCUCAGGGGGAGAAGUUCCAGCAGCGGGUCUCAGAGAUCAAGGCAGAGGUGGAGGCGUUCGCCGGUCAGUUCCCCAUGCCGGGUCUCCCAGAGCUGUAGAUGGACGGGCCGGUCUCUGCUGGACCUGUUUCUGACUGUACACCUGCUGAAGUUGUCCCUGUUUAAAGGAGUCCUCCUGGUGUUAGAGGAUCUCUGAACCGCCUGAAUCUGCAGACCAGCUUUACUCACUUUGAUGCUUUUAAGUUUCCUCCAAAGCUUUUUGAUCCUGUGAGCUUUAAUCUGAUCUGUGCUGCUGAGAAACAAAAAUCACUCCCUCCUGUCUCUCACUCCCUCCACUGACUCCCUCUUCUCUCUCCCUCCUCCUCUCUCUCCCUCCUCUCCCUUCCUCCUCUCACCCAGCUCUUUCCCAUGAAGUCCCCUCAGAGUGAGCUCACCUGAGAGGGGCCGACUGAUGGGCGUGACUGUUUAUUUCGUUGUCCCCAAAGUUCCUCCUGACGAGGAGCCUAGAGAUCAGCUGUUUGAUGUUUAAUAAAGAUGUGAAUUCUUCUGAUCAGUGAUCAAUAAAGUCGUCUCUGUCUCUCUGUCCUCACA